GAGCACUAAAGACCGAUCCCAUGCGGGGUGUAAACAAACUGCAGACACUGGCAGACAUGUGUUUCUGAUCCACUGGCCCAUGAUGGAUGUUUUAGGGAGCACAUUUGACGAUACUCUGUUUUCAGAAACGAAAGACCGGGUCGGUUCGUCCCUGUCUUCUUAUGAAGCUAAACUUUGUGAGCCUGAGUGGUUUUGUCACAGUUCAGCUUUGGAGACAGACGACUCGUUGGAGCAACAGAAAGUCUACAAGUUUCGAGGGGAUUUGGCUGCGCGGAGAGCAAAAUACCAGCAAGCCCUGCAUUCCUACAGCAGCUGCCUGGAGUUGCUUCCUGUGAGCAACCUGACCAUCAGGAGAGAUGUGCUUGAGGCCAUGGCUCGAUGCUUUGCCAAACUGGGACGGAAAGAACAGGCACUGGACUGUGUUGACCUGCUGAGCAAAGAAGCCACCAAUACGUACCACCUGACCAGCCUUCUGCUGCUUCAGGUUUCUAUCAGCCGACAUUUUGACAACAUUAGGUCCCAGAUGUCGUCAUUGCAGCAGCUCUGCAGCCUGUUACCCUUCAACCCUUGGCAUUGGAACAGUCUCGGCCACUUGUGCCUGCAGCUGCUGGAGAGGGACGACAUUUUAGGAUUAAAGUGUAAAUCAGGAGAGACAGAAGUGCAGCAGUGUGAGGAGGAGGAGGAGGAAGCUGAUCUGAACAAGGACAGAAUCUGGCUGAAGGCUUGCAUGUCUUUCAUCCGGACCAGACUGCUGUUGAAGAUCCUGCAGCAGCAGCAGUCUUCGUUCGUGCUGCAGCGCAGCCUGCGCGUCCUCCAGACGUCAGGAGAAGCUUUACAGCUGCUCCGACCAGAGGAAGCCACCCUGCAGAGCCUCACUGAGGUGAUGUCUGAAGACCUGAUCCUGGAGAAGAUGAGGACCGACUUCCAGGAUGGAGAGUUGUUGGUCAAUAUGUGUGUUCAGAACUUCAGGGAGCGCUGGUGGAGUAAGCUCCUCCUGACUGGAAUACUAACCAGCGAUGGACCUGAAUUUAAUAAGAUGAAGAAAACCUCUGCAUCUUGACCUGCGAGAAUGAAAAAACCCGAGCUUCUCUCUUCGCCACUGGAUCCUUUCCAAACUAUUUUCACCCUGCAAAAAGGACAAAAUCGCAUUGUAGCUGGGUGGUGUAGUGGCCUGUGCUGCCUGGAAUUGCUCAGUCUGAAAUAUCUGAUCAGUUCACACACUUCGCACCUCAGUAUUAGCACUGGCCAUGUAUUUCACAACAGUAUGUGUUGCGAAUCUUAGACAAAAACACUCACUAUGUUGACUCGGUUUUACAUUUUUUCUCUCUUAUUCCUGUGCCAGAGUCUCCACAGUGUCCUGUGUUGAUGUACAAAACAUUUUUUCUGUGUGCCAGGUGCAGAUAAGACCCCCACACACCUAUUGCAAGAAUGUCGUUUAUAUAAGAGCUACUGUACCACAGUGGAAUAGCUCCUGGUUUUUUUCUGACACGUUGAAUUUCACUGGGAAGUAAAGUGCCAUAAAGUAAG